AUGACCCUGCAGGCCUUAAGGAGGCAAUGUUUAAUCAGACUCCAGGAGUUAAUUAUGGCUCCAUCCAGGUAUAACAUCAGGCUGAAGAUCCGACAGCUCCCUCUGGACACCACGGACACCAGACCUCUGCUCAAAGAGAUGAAAAGGAGCAGAGAGUUUCGCAUUAUCUUCGACUGCAGCCACAUAAUGGCUGCCCAGAUCCUCAAACAAGCCCAGAUGAUGGGGAUGAUGACAGAGUACUAUCACUACAUCUUCACCACUCUGGAUCUCAUGGCCAUAAACCUGGAGCCGUACCGCUUCUGUGGUGUCAAUAUGACUGGCUUCCGCAUCAUAAACGUGGACAAUCCUCAGGUUGCCUCCAUUGUGGAGAAGUGGUCCCUUGAGAGGCAGAUUCCCCCAAAACCAGACUCCGGUCUCCUGGAAGGGAUCAUGACGACAGAUGCUGCUCUGACGUACGACGCAGUCCACAUUGUGUCGGUUUCUUACCAGCAUGCGCCGCAGAUGACUGUCAACUCAUUGCAGUGUCAUCGCCACAAACCCUGGAGGUUCGGAGGACGCUUCAUGAGUUUCAUUAAAGAGGUGGGGAAGUGGAGUGCAUCUGGGGGGCUGAACAUCACAGAGGUCCCCAGGCAGAACGGCAUGAACAUCACUGACUCGCUUUCAAACCGCUCUCUGGUCAUCACCACCAUUCUGGAGGAGCCAUAUGUCAUGCUUAAGAAGUCUGACAAGGCACUCGUCGGCAAUGACCGCUUUGAAGGCUUCUGUAUUGACCUGCUUAAGGAGUUGGCCAGCAUUCUGGGUUUUUCCUUCGAGAUCCACCUGGUGCCGGAUGGAAAGUAUGGGUUUCAAGAUGAUAAAGGCCAGUGGAAUGGGAUGAUAAAGGAAAUCAUGGAACACAGGGCUGACCUUGCUGUGGCUCCUCUCACAAUCACCUUUAUGCGGGAGAAAGCGAUUGACUUUUCCAAACCUUUCUUGAACACUGGCAUCAGCAUCCUGUACCGUAGACCGAACAGCACCAACUCUGGUUUCUUCUCCUUCCUGAACCCCAUGACCCCUGAUAUCUGGGUCUACAUCCUGUUGGCCUACCUGGGAGUCAGCUGUGUACUCUUCGUCAUCGCUAGGUUCAGCCCGUACGAGUGGUAUGAUGCCCAUCCGUGUAACCCAGGCUCCGAUGUGGUAGAAAACAACUUCACCCUCCUCAACAGCUUCUGGUUUGGCGUGGGCUCCCUCAUGCAGCAAGGUUCAGAACUGAUGCCUAAAGCUCUCUCUACUCGAAUCAUCGGAGGAAUCUGGUGGUUCUUCACCCUCAUCAUCAUCUCCUCCUACACAGCGAAUCUGGCCGCUUUCCUCACUGUAGAGAGGAUGGAGUCGCCCGUGGACUCAGCCGAUGACCUAGCCAAACAGACCAAAAUAGAGUACGGCGUAGUCAAAGAUGGAGCAACCAUGUCCUUCUUUAAGAAAUCAAGAGUGUCUACAUUUGAGAAGAUGUGGGCUUUCAUGAGUAGCAGGCAGAGCACGUCGUUCGUCAAGUCCAUUGAAGAUGGGAUUCAGAGAGUGUUAAAGUCAGACUAUGCCCUUCUAAUGGAGUCAACGACCAUUGAGUAUGUGACACGCAAAAACUGCAAUCUCACGCAAGUUGGCGGCAUCGUCGACAGCAAAGGUUAUGGCAUCGGCACCCCGAAAGGCUCGCCGUACAGGGAUAAAAUCACAAUCGCCAUCCUCAGUAUCCUGGAAGAUGGCCGUCUUCAUAUGCUCAAAGAGAAGUGGUGGAGCAGCAGCAGCUGUCUGGAAGACGAGCGGUACGAAACGGGUCCCAUGGGCAUCCAGAAUCUUGGCGGCAUCUUCAUUGUGUUGGCAUCUGGUCUGGUGCUGUCAGUGUUUGUGGCGAUAGGAGAGUUCAUCUACAAACUGCGAAAAAACGCAGAGCAUGAACAGGACUUUCUGCAGUGCGGUGAUGGAAGAGAUCAAACUGUCGUUCACAUGCGAGAGACGAGUGAAACACAAGCUCCACCGCCAGCCGCCAACCUUGGUGAAGACGGACGCAGUGAUCAACAUGCACUCUUUCAACGACCAUCGCCUGCCAGGAAAGGACAACAUGAGCUGCAACACCGCGAUGACGCCCGUGUUUCCAUGACUUGCCUGGGCGACGGCCACCUGAGGCACGUCCCCGGCGCCGUGCCGGAGAGCAGGGACUAUGGCCCCGAGAUGAUUACGGCAUUCACCAUCAACCGCAGAGACAUCCGACACCAAAUGGCCAGUCAGAACGGUGGCGGUAGCAGCAAACCAGGUAGUGACCACAUUCUCAAACCAAUGUAUCCCACCAUGCCAUUGCGAGAGGGAGGCCGAUCGGUAUCCUUCCUGUGAGAGCGAGCCACGUCUGCAAAACUAUCCGCACCUGAGUCUGAUGUUUACAAACGGCACUCAAAAGUGAAGCUCACGAUCUGACUGGAAGGAGCCCCCUGAUCAAACAAAAAUCGAUGUUUCUCAUCGGAACAAAGUGAAAAUGUGGAAAAGAGGCUUUUUUUGAGCAUGGCAAUAAAUUAAACUACGGACAGACGCAAAUGGAAGUACUUUUCUUAGAGUAUCAUUUAUAGCACAUCAAGUUGAUUUCGAAGAGUUCUGACGAUUUAUCUUUUGAUUUCGUCAAAAUCCUGUGGCGUUUUGGUGGGGACGCAACAAAAAAAAGCGCAGUGAAUGCGAUGUACAUUACCGGUAAGCGUCGGACCGUAGGAGCAGUUUAGUUUAACACGCUGUACCGCAGCAGCCAGCGUGACCUGCUAGAAUAGUAGAAAACCCUUAGACUGCAAGUUCCUGAAGGCUACGGGGAGUGUAGCGGCAUCCUACGCUCACGGAAAUGCACAAACUAACAGGGUUGAUUUCAUUCGAGCCACCUAAACAAAUUGACAAACGAGUAACAAUUCUGUACGGCAGUUUUGAGCAAGACUUGUCCCAUUUUGAUUUAUUCGUGCUUCAUACAUUGCCAGCAGAUGUUUUGUACACAGCGAGAUCUAAUGGUAAUGACGGAUAAACACAACAGUUGCCAAAGAUCUGUCGUCCAAAUGGAUUUAGACGCUUGAAACGCAGUUUCCCCUACAGACAAGUGAGCGAGUGACACGUUGCCUCCGCUGUGUUUGUUAAAUGAGUUAUUCCUGAGAAUCACAGCCCUCAUAUCAAGAAUACUCGCUUCACACGGUACAUACCGAGGAUUCAACACAAACACAGAGCUUGCCGUAUGGUGGAGAGCUAAUACAAAGGAAACGAAACCGUUUUAAGAUGUACAUGAGUGAGAAUGUCUCUCGCCGUGUCUCUGUUCGACAAGUCAGUUAUGAUUACAGUAACUUUUUCCAUCUGCAUCUG